UGUCAGUCAGUUGUGUGUAGGUGGUGGUUGAGAUCAGUUCCUCCUCCUCUUCCUCCUCCUCCUCUUCUUCCUCCUCCUCCUCCUCUUCCUCGUCCAUACCAUCAGUAAUUUAAGAUAAAGAGAGAGAAAAAGACGGAUUAAAAGAUGAACACCCCAACCAAGAUGAUGGUGAUGAUGGUGAUGAUGAUGAUGAUGAUGAUGAUAGCGCCAGCAUCUUCCAUACGUGUUGAUGACAAGAGAGGAUUCGCCCUGUGCAACAUCCCGCAGACGGCACAGCUGGAGCGCGUUGAGGUAAGCGAUUGCAAGCGUUGGCCGUGUCUCGCCAAGGCGGGUCGGCGCGGCACCUACGAAAUCACCUUCACGCCGGACACAAACGAACCCAUCCGGGGCCUCAAAAGCGACAUCCACGCCUGGGUCAAGCUUCCCUACGGCGAUGGGGAGCCGAUCCGCUUUCCCAUGCCCCGCCAGAUCAAGCAGGAGGUGUGCCCCUUCCUCGACACCCCAUGCCCCGUCCCCCCCGGCCACCCCGCCACCAUCACCAAGAGCGUCACCAUCCCCGUGCAGGCCAGAAUGGCCCAGGGUAACGUGGUGGUGGAGUUUCGCGUGACCGAUGACCUCAACCGCGUCGUGACCUGCUUCCACGCCCCGGUCAUCGUAGCAUAGACCAGUGACCCCUUGCAGAUAAUCAGUCACCUUUGGUAGUUAACACCUGGAGAUAAUCAUAGGCCUAAGCAAUUACACCUUGUUGCACAUGGUUAAUUACCCCCUAUGGAUAAUUACAUACCCUGGAUAAUAGGUUCCUAGUUACAGCUGUCCUAAAUAAUUAUAUACCACCUGUAGAUAAUUAGGCCUGAAGUGAUUACAUGUAGUUACACCUGUGAUAACUACCACCUAGUAGAUAAUUAGAUACUACCUUAAGUAAUUACACCUAGUUACACCUGUAGUAAUUACGUACACCACCUGUAGACAAUUAUACCUUAUGGGAUUACACUGAAAACUACACGUAUGGGAAUUACACCUAAACUCAAUAGUAUAAUUUACCUAAGCAAUAACAUAUAUAUAAAAUGAAGAGUAGUAUCAGUAUUUUUAAAAGGUGUUUUUUUCUACUUGGACAGUUUUGGAUAGUUCACACACACACACACACAGUCCAGCUUGAGGCAAUACAUAAAUUGUGGAGCGAAGCCUCGUGUAACAAACUCAAUAACAUGAAAACACUUUACAAAACAAAUGAAAUGCUGGAGUUUAAUUCUUCGUACUCCGGAAGAAAAGUGUUUUAUCAAGUACUGAUAUAAUUCUUCAACAUAGUCAGUUUACCAAAGUUACGGCUGUAGUCUGUCGAUAUCAUAUAGUUUUAAGUGAUUACAUUUAGAGUUGCACCUGUGGUUGUUAUUAUUGUUAUUAUUAUGGUUGUUAUUAGCCUUGGGUGUUUACAGUGGGGUGAUCUUGUAAGUCACUCCUACAGACGAAAGAUAUACAAUUCUCACCCAACAGUUCCCGUGCACACUGACGCCGCCGCCACCUCACCGCUGUGGAUGGCGGCGGCGUGAACAUAAGAACAUAAGAACAUAAGUACAUAGGGACACUGCAAGAAGCCCAAACUCCUUCGUAUAUAUACACGUUUCGUCCACAAAAGUGACAUUUUCUCAUGAGUGCUGAUGUUGUUGUUGUUGUAAUAGUAGUUGUAGUAUGGGAGCUGUAUUAGUGAAUCUAUUACUAUAACUACUACUACUACUACUACUACUACUACUACUACUACUACCUCCUAGCCUAAGUUUUUUUUUUUCCUUCUUUUUUUCGUUUUUAUUCAUCCUUCUCGUUUUAGGACAUUUCUCCUCCUCCUCCUCCUCCUCCUCCUCUUCCUCCUUCUUCCCUUAGUAAAGUUAAGUUACUAUAUGUGUGUGUGUGUGUGUGUGUGUGUGUGUGUGUGUGUGUGUGUG